CUUUUUUAGUAGACAUCUGACUGGUUGCUUGUAGUGUGGCUGCAUGCACAGCUCUAGUUACUGUGCAAGCCAAUUAAGUGGGCUACCGAGUGACCCUCCACUUGACAAAGGUCAUAUUCCUUGGUUUGGACAUGCCAGAGAAUUUGGAAAAGAUCCUGCCAAGUUUCUGUCUAAAAUGAAACAAAAGCAUGGAGAUAUUUUCACAAUUCGGGUUGCUGGAAAAUUCAUCACCAUCUUGUUGGACCCUUGCUCCUAUGAUGCAGUGCUGUGGGAAUCAAACUCUAAGCUAGAUUUUGGCAAAUAUGCCCGUAUCUUAAUGGAGCGAAUGUUUGAUGUCAAACUGCCAAAUUUUGAACCUAGUGAUGAAAAGGCCAUGCUGAGAUUGACUCUGCAGAACAAGAACCUUUCAUCCCUUACAAAAGCAAUGUUCUUCAACCUCAAGACUCUUCUGCUUUCUGACCAGAAUCAGCAAUGGCAAGAAGGAGGCUUGUUCUAUCUGUCUUACAGCACAAUGCUCAGAGCUGGAUAUCUGACACUGUAUGGCAAUGAAGAAGAAAACUAUGAUGAUCCUUCUUCUCAAGAUAAAGACCGAGCCCAUUCUUCUGAAGUCUACAAUGAAUUCUAUAAAUUGGAUCGGUUUUUGAUGAGAGCAGCCCGCUCUAUGCUAACCACAGUGGAACAGAAGGAAGUAGCCAGAAUCAAGGAGCGUCUCUGGAAACUUCUGUCGGUAGAAAGACUGAAUUGCAAAGCAAAUAAAAGCUCUUGGCUAGAGAGCUACAAGAAGCACCUAGAGGAGCUUGGAGUAGAUGAGGAUAUGCAGUCCAGAGCCAUGCUGCUGCAACUCUGGGUCACACAGGGGAAUGCAGGCCCUGCGGUUUUCUGGCUUCUCCUAUUUCUUCUAAACCAUCCUGCAGCCAUGGCAGCAGUUCAAGGUGAAUUAGAAAAAGUACUUGGACACAGAAGACAAACAAUGAAACAGAUGCAUGGCAUUAGCCAAGAGAUACUGGACAACACCCCUAUUUUUGACAGUGUAUUGAAAGAAGCCCUGCGUUUGACAGCAGCCCCUUUUAUCACCAGAGAAGUCCUUGAAGAUGCAUCUCUGAGAUUGGCAGAUGGCAGGGAGUACAGCCUGAGAAAGGGAGAUAGGCUCUGCCUUUUUCCAUAUUUAAGCCCCCAGAUGGAUGCAGAGAUCUAUGAAGACCCUGAGAAAUUCAAAUAUGACAGAUUCCUCAAUCCAGAUGGCACAGAGAAAAAUGACUUCUAUAAAAGAGGGACUAGACUCAAACAUUACAACUUGCCAUGGGGAGCAGGAAUUAAUACAUGUAUUGGAAAGUUCCAUGCAAUUAAUAGCAUCAAACAGUUUGUUUUCCUCCUGUUAUCCUGUUUUGACUUGGAACUGAAACAUCCCGGUUCAGGGAUCCCAGAGUUUGACAAGGAAAGAUAUGGCUUUGGAAUAUUACAGCCAGAAGGUGAUAUCAUGGUUCGAUACAAGUUGAAAGCUUCGUGAAAGAGCAAUGGCUUCUCUUCCGUCAUCCACUUGUUCUCAUCUGUGUUGAACUGUAUCUCUUGUCUUACCACUGAACCAGUUCUAAAUCUCAGCUUUAGACUUGAUUGGGGGGAUAGUAGCAACUAGGACAAGGGUGAGCAAAAUACAGCCUGUGGGCGAUAUCCAGCCAGCCAAAUGAUCCUAUCUGGCCCACUGACUGCCACUGGGAGCCUGAGGAGGGAGGGCUGUGCCCAGCAUCUCUUUGCCGCAGCUGGGGCCAAGCCAGACAGCGCAGCUUGCAGACUCCCCAUGCAGGCCCAGCUGCUGGAGGCCGCAAUGCCACAACUGCACAGCACCAACAUGAAGCUGGGCUAGGGGAAUGGAUGCUGGGAGGUGGGGGAGUCUGCACACUGUGUGGCCCAGCCUGGCCUUGACUGCAGCAGAAUGGAGCAGAGCAGGGUGUAGCCCUUCCUCCUAGGGGUCUCAGCAAUGGCUGGUGGGCCAGAUAGGAUCAGUUGGCAUCUUCCCACACCCCCAGCCCUCAACAGCUCACCAAAACUCAUUAAGUGGCCUGCUAGCCAAAAUAAUUGCCCACCCCUGAACUAGGAUGAUGACAUAAAUUUUAGCACCUUCCAUUUUGCUGCCUUUGUAGUUGUGAGGCUACAGCUUUAAUGCCACAUGACUGUAGCUAAUAGAGCUACAACACUCCGCAAAGUAUUUUUAGUAAUUAAACACUAGAUACUCUUAGUGAACUUUGCAUCAUGAAAGCACAUUUUAAGGGAAAAUCUAGCUGUCAGACUCUAUAGUGUGUAACUCUCAAUUAACUCUGCACAUUCAUUCAAAUCCUUGGGUACUGGGUGACUAAAUAUAGGCAGCAGAAAUAUGAGCUCAAGUAUACAGAGACCUAGGUUUUAUUCCUGAGUAGCUGAGCCUUGGUGUCCAUGCAGAGGGUUGGUAUUCCUUGACAGCCACAUAAUGAGAGAGCACUUGAGGAAGAUACUUUUGAGUGACUCAGCAUCACUAAAUGGAAGGUGCUUUAAUUGAUCAGCCGAGCUGCUGGAGGAAAAGAGCUAUUCCAGAUUCUAGUUUUAUAGCCCAGAUGAUGGAGGGCCUGGAAGGUAGAUAGGAGAAGAGUGGUGGGAGGGUAUUGAAAGGUGUCAUUACAUUUAGCUCUCCAGUUCUGCAGUUGUUGUAUGUAGCUAGGCCAUCAGGCAUACAAUGAGAACAGACUUUAGGCUGGUGGAUACUGAGGCUGCCAAGAGACUGUUGUUCCAUGCUGCCUUUCUUCCACUUAUGUUGGCAGCAGGGAGAAGCAAGAGGGAUUUGGGAGAGGGCUAAUAUAGAAGUCUCUACACUGGCUCAGCACCAACAAAGGAUUCCCCACUGGGGUGUGGGUGUUGGGUGUGCUCCCUUCUGUCACAUUGGUGCAAAGCAGCUGACCCAUACUGGAGAAUUUGGCCAUAUUCUAUUAUCCAUAUUCCAGUAGAAGAUACCUGGCUUAGAGUCCUUGUGAUUUAAGCAACUAGAAGAUUCAGGCUCAAAUUACAGUCUUGAACAUUUGGAGAAUAAUGAUGGAAUUCGUGGGAUAUUUUCUAAAUAGAAUUUGCUUAAUUUGCACCUGUUCCUCUCCCAAAAUAUUUGUGUAAAAGAAUAAAGAAGAAACCUUUCUUUGGGUCGGUUUUGAAU